AUGAUCACAGUCAGAGGUCAAAUAAGAGCAUUAUUCCACAGGAAUGUGCUCAUGCAACUUAGACAGAUCAAGACUAAUGUCGUUCAAUUGGUGUUCCCAUUGGCAUUGAUGGUUAUCUUGAUCGUUGUCGGUAACGUAGUUAAGAAGCUCACUGAUCAAAAUGGUGGCAAUAACUCUGGCAUGAGUGUGUACACUUAUUACAUGCCAAUGGAUCAAUCAAUCUAUGGCUACUACUGGUUCUCCAACCCACCACCCCCAUCAAUGCCCGCCGGCAUCAACAACAACACCCAGCCAAACACCACUCUGCUCGGUCAGAUCCCGCAGCAAUGGAGCAGCUUCUACCAGGCCAAUGGCCCGGUCACCCAGGUGCUCACGCCCUACUUCUACGAGGACAGUGCGGCCAACAUUGACAACGACAUCAUCGCACUAUACCAGAACAACCUGUCGGCCGUUCGUGACGCCGGCUGGAACCCACCCAACCUGUCCUACGUGCCACCCCUGUCAGCCAUCUACUUCAACAGCUAUGAGCCCGCUGCACACUCCAUCAGCUACACCCUUGAGAACUUUGCCCAACAGUUUACCAAAGGUGCCUUUAGCAACAUGCUCCAGUGGUCACAGCAGUCCUAUGACUCCAACUGGCGACUAAUGUCCACAAUCAACACUGCUUUCCUGAACAUGGCAUAUGGCGAGGAUUAUGGAAUUAUUGGAGAUCAGAUUCAGUUCACGGUGCAGGCUGGCUUCCAGCCAAACACUGUAUUCUACUUCAUGGCCAUUUACUUGUUGCCAACGGUGUUGACAUUCAUCUUCCCAGUGUUUGUCUUCAACUUGGUCUAUGAGAAGGAGCACAAGCUGUUCCAGGUGAUGAGUAUGAUGGGUUUGAAGAACACCACCUACGUCCUAUCCAACCAUCUCUUCUUCCUGAUGCUCUACACCUUCAUUGCACUCCUCAUGAUUGCCAUCAGCUUUGCUGGAAACGUCCCCUACAUGUUUGAGCAACCAUUCCGCAUCAUCUUACUCAUCUUUGCCUAUGGCCUGUCCCUCGUCUCCAUGGCCUUCCUCUUCAGUGCCUUCUUCUGGAAGGCCAAGACCUCAGCCAUCAUCAGUUACAUAUUCGUCCUGCUCGCACCAAACAUUGGAUGUAACAUUGAUCAGUUCGUGUUCAAGGGCAGUGCUGCACCUAUUCCAUACCUCUGGGUACCUCAAUUCGCAUUCACUCAUGGAUUGUACAUCAUCUUUGUCGUGAUGACCAGUCCACCAGGUACCUACGAUCAUCUCAUCGCUCUCGAUCAUUACUCAGAGUACGGUGUUGUCAUCAUCUCAUUGUUAAUGGAGUCAAUCGUAUUCUUCUUCUUGGGAAUUUACCUUGGCAAUGUCAUUCCAAAGGAGUAUGGUGUCACUCUGUCACCAUUGUACCCAAUCAAGGACUUUAUUGGCUGGACAAAGAAGAAGACUAGAGGUGUGGGCGAGGCCAGUCCAUUGAUUGGCAAGCAAUCAGAUGACACAACUCCAAUCCUUAUCAAUGAUGACACUGACAUUAUUGAGGAGGACCAAGACUGCAAGAGAGAAAGAGAGAGAGCCAACUCUGAUGAUAGCUACUUGUUGAAGGCUGUGAACAUUAAGAAGAUUUACAAGACCAAGGGUACUGUGAAGGAGGCUUUGGUCAACUUCUGUUUGACAUCGGAGAAGGGUGAGAUCCUUGGUUUGCUUGGACCAAACGGUGCUGGCAAGACCACCUUCAUUCAUAUCAUUGGUGGUGUCUACACACCAACCUCUGGCGAUGCCUACAUCAACGGUUACUCCAUCUCCACUGAGAUGCGUGACAUUUACAACUUCCUUGGCUUCUGUCCACAGCACGACAUAUUGUAUGAUGACCUUACUAUUCAGGAGCACUUGGUGUUCUACUCGAGAUUGAAGGGACUGUACAACUCAACUUACGAGAUGGAGAAGGCUAUCGAUUCAUUGUUGGAGCGUGUCAAACUCGCUGAGCACAGAGACAAGAGAAUCUCUGCGUUGAGUGGCGGUAUGAAGAGACGUGUAUCAAUCUCAAUCUCAUUGCUCGGUGACAACAAGCUGAUCCUACUCGAUGAGCCCACCACCGGUCUCGACCCAGAUGCCAGACGUGCCAUCUGGGACAUCAUCCAAGAUGUGCGCCAAGACAAGACUAUAUUGAUUACAACUCACAACAUGGAGGAGGCAGACGUACUUUGUAACAAGAUUGCCAUCGUUGCAUCAGGUAGAUUGCAGUGCAUUGGCUCACCAUUGUACUUGAAGAAUAGGUUUGGAAAUGGAUUCAAGUUGGAGGUGGUACCUGUGGCCGACCAGUAUCGCGAGUCUAUCGUGCACACUGUGAUGAGCACCUAUCCAACAGCCAUCACGGAGGAGGCUGUAGGCCAGGAGCUGAUCUUCCUGAUACCCAAACAAGAGGACAUUGGUCGUAUCUUUGAGGUCAUCGCCAACAACAAGGUACAGAUGGGUGUUAAGGAGUGGGGAGUAUCACAGACCAGUCUGGAGGAGAUCUUCAUGAAGAUGGUAGAGAAUGAGAUUGUCAAAUAA